CCGGCGAUCCCGGACGCGAGCGCUCAGGGGGUGGGAGGGUGUGAGCCGCAAAGCCCCGAGGAGGGCGGGAAGGAGGAGGAGGCCCCGGGGGUGGUCAGGGGCACCGGGGGGCCCGCCGGCAGAGUCCCUCGGCCGCCGGACCGACGCGGGCUGCUCGUGCGGCCUCGGGUCUGGACGCUUGGAGCGGGCGGCGCGGCGAGCGGAGCCAUGGCCUCGGGUGGGUAUAACCCAUGUAUAGAGAUAAUUGAACAGCCCAGGCAGAGGGGCAUGCGUUUUAGAUACAAGUGUGAAGGGCGAUCAGCAGGGAGCAUUCCAGGGGAGCACAGCACAGACAACAACCGAACAUACCCAUCUAUCCAGAUUAUGAACUAUUACGGAAAGGGAAAAGUGAGAAUUACAUUAGUAACAAAGAACGACCCAUAUAAACCUCAUCCUCAUGAUUUAGUAGGAAAAGACUGCAGAGAUGGCUACUAUGAAGCAGAAUUUGGACAAGAACGCAGACCCUUGUUUUUUCAAAAUUUGGGUAUUCGUUGUGUAAAGAAAAAAGAAGUAAAAGAAGCUAUUAUUUCAAGAAUAAGAGCAGGAAUCAAUCCUUUCAAUGUCCCUGAACAACAGCUGCUGGAUAUUGAAGAUUGCGACCUCAACGUGGUGAGAUUAUGUUUUCAAGUUUUCCUCCCUGAUGAACAUGGUAAUUUGACAACGGCUCUACCUCCUGUUGUCUCUAACCCGAUUUAUGACAACCGUGCUCCUAAUACUGCAGAAUUAAGGAUUUGUCGUGUAAACAAGAACUGUGGAAGUGUCCGAGGUGGUGAUGAAAUAUUUCUACUAUGUGAUAAAGUUCAGAAAGAUGACAUAGAAGUUCGGUUCGUGUUGAAUGAUUGGGAAGCAAAAGGUAUAUUUUCGCAAGCUGAUGUACACCGUCAAGUAGCCAUUGUUUUUAAGACUCCACCAUAUUGCAGAGCUAUAACAGAACCAGUGACAGUAAAAAUGCAGUUGCGGAGACCUUCUGACCAGGAAGUUAGUGAAUCAAUGGAUUUUAGAUAUCUGCCAGAUGAAAAAGAUACUUAUGGCAAUAAAGCAAAGAAACAAAAAACAACUCUACUUUUCCAGAAACUGUGGCAAGAUUGUGCAGUUAAUUUUCCUGAAAGACCUAGACCUGGUACCCUAGUAUCAACUGGAGAAGGAAGAUUCAUCAAAAAAGAAUCAAACUUUUCUCAUGGUGCAGUUUUGACAGAAAUGCCCAGGACUUCAGGCAUUUCAAGUCAAGCAGAUUCCUACUAUUCCUCGUCUGUGUCCAUGUCAAAUGCACUGUCACAUCAUUCUUCACCCAUACCUUCAAUGGUGUCUCAGGCUUCUUCAAGCUGGUCAUCAGGGGCCCACCCCACCUCACGUGCAGUCAAUACGAAUCCAUUGAGUGGUUUUUCAACAGGGACACUCUCCUCUAAUCCACAAGGUAUCUCACCAUAUCUGGAAAUACCUCUUGAGAGUGAUUUGAAUGCCUCUAAUGCUUGUAUUUAUAACAAUGCGAAUGACAUAGGCAGAAUGGAAGCGCCGUCCAUGUCAUCAGCUGAUUUAUAUGGUAUUUCUGAUGGUAACAUGCUGCCGAAUUGCCCUAUGACUAUGAUAACACCUAGUAAUGACAGCAUGAGGGAGACUGAUAAUCCGAGACUUGUGAGCAUGAAUCUCGAAAACCCCUCAUGUAAUUCAGUGUUAGACCCAAGAGACUUGAGACAGCUCCAUCAGAUGUCCUCUCCCAGUAUGCCAGCAGGUGCCAGUUCCAGUACUACUGCUUUUGUUCCUCAGCCAGAGGCAUUUGAGGGAUCUGAUUUCAACUGUACAGAUAACAGUAUGAUAAAUGAGUCAGGACCAUCAAACGGUACUAAUCCCAACAGUCACAGUUUUGUUCAUAGUCAGUAUUCUGGUAUUGGCACUAUGCAGAAUGAGCAAUUGAGCGACUCCUUUGCAUUUGAAUUUUUUCAAGGUAACUUGUAAAACUUAAAUGGUAGUUUGGGACCAAGCUGGAAAGUAUCAUGAAAGGAAAAUACUGAAAUAGAAAUUUAAAAGGACUUUACUGUUUCUUCUUUUUGAAACAUGUGACCCGAUACUGUGUGUGGUGGGACUUCUGCUUUACAGUCCUACCCCAUCUUCUCAGUACAGAAUGAAGAGAAUAUCAAGACACCUCAGUUCUUCCAAAUACACUUUUUUUAUACUUCUUUUGUAUUGUAUUAAUGUAUUCUUAGUUAAAUGAAUUAACUGAUAUUUGCUUUUAAGCAAAUUUAAGGUAAAACCUAUAAUGGCUAUGCCAUUAGAGAAAUGAUUUUCUUAUUAUUUUUGAGACUCAUAGGCCAAGGUGACCCCUAAGGGGUUUUCUGAGGUUUCUUGGAGUUUCUUAAAUUUGCAUGUAAGUCAACAAUCUUUAAAAUUAAAAAUCUAACUCGGGUUGAGGCCUGGGUGCCUAGUGGGUUAAGUGACUGCCUUGGGCUCAGGUCAUGAUCCUGGGACCCUGGGAUGGAGUUCCAAGUAGGGCUACCUGCUCUGCAGAGAGUCUGCUUCUCCCUCCCUCUCUCCCAAAUGUGCACUGUUUCUCAAAUAAGUAAAAUCUUUUAAACAAAAAAUCUAACUUGAACAGAAGAGAGUUGAAGUGAGCUCAACUCACUCAACUCAAGGUAGGGAAAGUUCUCUACAUUUCAGACCAAUUAAAUCCUUACCUUUAAAAUUGCUUGUGAUUUUUAGCUUUACACCCAUGUCUUUAAGGUGAAGAGGUUUCCUUAGACCUCUCAUCUUUCUUGUGUUCCCUCACUCACUGUGAUCACAUCUAAUUUCAUGCUCUCUGUUCCUAAAUUUUAUCCUUACCUUAGACCUAUCCUCUGACCUCCAGGCUUGGAGCUUACCCAUGUAUGCAAAAUUGCUUAUUUGACAUCUCUACUUAGGAACCUAAUUAGUGAGCUCUGACUCAACACAUCCAAAACUGAGUUCAUCAUCUUCCCUCCCAAUUUGGUUCCCCUUCAGGCUGCCCCAACUUAGUAAAUAGCAGUGCUAUGCUUAUAUAGUUGCUCAGGUUCAAAACCAUGGAGUCAUCCUUGAUCUUUUCUUUCUCUCCCAAAUCCAAUCCAUCAGCAAAUCUGGUAGGCCAUGCCUUCAAAAUAUAUCCAAAGCUCCCCACCUCUUUUGACCUCUACUGCUAACUUCCUGUUCUAAGCCAGUGUCCUAUCACCUCUUGCCUGGAUUGAAGCUCUAGCCUCCAGAGAUGCUGUCACUUCUUGUGCCCUACCGUCUCUUCUCGCCAAAGUAGCCAGAAUGAUUAUUUGUAAAACAAGUCAAAUUGUAUCAUUAACCUGCUCAACAAAAUCCUGAAAAUUGGCAGGCUCUUACUCCUCCUAUUUCAUCUCUUACCAUUUUCUUCUCCUCAUUCAUCUCCAGGCACUCUGCCCUCAUAGUCUCUCUUCAGAAACACCAAGUACGCUCAUGCCUCAGACUGUCUUUGUACUUGUCCUCUUUGCCUUGAUUAUUCUUCUCUCAGAUAGAUACGUGCAGAGCUCACUUCUUAGGAUCUUUCAGAUUCACUCAACUUUUACUGAUCAAGGCCUUCCUCGAGCCUAUACACAGCACUCCAUGUCCCCUUCUAUAUAUUGGUCCAUAGCACUUACCAGGAUCUGACUUUUACUAAGCAUUUAUUUGUUUUGGGUUUUUUUCCCCCUAUACUGUAAUAUAAGCUCCACAGGGAUAAAAAAGUUUUUGUGUUUUGUUUGUUGAAUCUCCAGUUUGUAGAACGGGGUCUGCCUCAUAUUAAGCACUCAGUAAAUAUUUAUUGAAUGUUCAAAGUACUACUAAUAGAACUUUGUUUUUUGAAAGAAAGAAAGAAAGAAAGAAAGAAAGAAAGAAAGAAAGAAAGAAAGAAAGAGAAAGAGAGAGAGAGAGAGAGAGAGAGAAGAGAGAGAGAGAAAGAAAGAAAGAAAGAAAGAAAGAAAGAAAGAAAAAGAAAGAACAGCUUUAAUUAUUAGAUGUCCAUUAUUUUUACAAUUCUGUUUAACGUGACAUUGGGUUUAUGUCAGAAUCAUGCAUCUUCAGGUCAGGGGUUAAUAAUGGUAAUCCAAACUGUUAGAAAGCAAAGUAAUCCCAGGGGCAAAAUGAUGGCAGUAAUCUUAGUUGUGAUGGAAUUGUCAUGAUGUUAAGUAACAAACUUAUUAAAGACUUAGUCUCUUUUACAAUUAGAACGUACCAUGAAUGUUGGGCAUGUUCUGAGCUAGAAACAACAUGUCAUUUCACUUACACAGUGUCCAACCAAACAAACUAGUAAGUUUACUGGAACAAUUAAAAUGGGAGAUAUAUUAUAUGACUGUCAUGUAAAUAAAAGUUCUGAGUGGAAUGAAGGAGGAAGGGAAGGAAAUGGGAAGGAGAAUAAGAUAAGACUUGGGGUUAGGAUAGUUUAGGAAGCAGGAGAAAAAGAUUAAAGACACCUAAGUACCAUUAAUAUUUCUUAGAAAUUAUGAUUUCAAAAUGAAACCUUUACUAUAUAAUUUUAAAAGCCAUAAGCAUAAGAAGAACUUACCAGGGAGGAAGUAAAACUUAGGAAGCCUCAUUUCUUUUCUGUUCAAAAUAUGAACCCAGGAUAGCUCCAGAUAGCAGUUGAUAGGUAGUGAGCUUUUUUAAAAAAUACAGAAUUCUAUAGUUUUGUAUUCAUUAUCACUGACCAGCUUAACACAGACUAUUAAACACUUGUCUUGCAAGGUUAUAGAUUUGUGCAACGCCCCCCCCCCCCCUUGUAAGCUGAGUGAAGGUACUACUACAUCUGUGUUGAGAGUAUUUCCAAUGGAUUUUUCUUUUUUUCAGGUGCUAUUUACUGAUCAUAGAAUUUAUUUUAUAAUAUAAAAAUAACCUGGCAAUCUGUUUCUCUUCUAUCUCUAAGUGUAUUUAUGUUUUCAUACUUAGUUUCCAAGGAAAAAGUGCCCUCUGCCUUUCUAAACUCUACUUGCAUCCUGGACCCUGUUCUUUCCGUCUUGUUUUUGUAUCUUCACAUCACUAUUUAGUGGUGGUUUUCUUUGUAUAACUGUGGUAAAUAUCUUCUCUAGCCUUAAAGGAAACAAAAAUCUUAACUACUACCUUCGUCCACCUUCCUUCACAUCUAGACUUGGGAAAUGCUUUCAGCUUCGAUUUCCUCAGGUCCCAGUCAUUCUUUGGCUUAUUAAUCUUUCACCUCCUACUGUUUUUUUUCUUUUUUCUUUCUUUUUUUUGAGAGUGAGAGAGCGAGCAUGCGUGUACUCAGGAGGGGAAGGGCAGAGAGGGGGGAGAGAAUGUUAAGCAGGCUGCAUGCCCAGCGCAGAGCCCAACCCAGGGUUCAUCUCACGAAUCCAAAAUAAUGACCUGAGCCAAAAUCAAGAGUCAACAGACAGUUAACUGACGGAGCCACCCAGGCACGCCCUCGUACUGCUUUCUUAUGAUAUUCUGGGAAAAAUGACCAGAGACGCUCUCCUUGUCAAAUCUGGUGUCCUUUUAUCAGUCCUCAUUCUGCGUGACCCAUCCAUAACCUUCUUUCCUAUUGGCUACUCCCUUCUUGGAUACUCCUCCGAGGUUUCUGUGGUAGGUAAGAUUCCUCUCUGAGGUUGACUUUUUUCCAGAAUCUCAACCUCAGCCCUCAUUUGGUGCUAUUUUUCCCCUGGGUGACCUCAUCAGUGCCCACAGUUUCAGCUUUCUCUCACGCUACCCAAAUGCCUUUAUAAACUGCCUCGCCCACCCCUUUUGCAUUUUCUACUUUCAGUAAUGGCAUUACCAUUUACCCUGCCACCCAAGAUAUUUAAUAGGAACCUCAAAAUCCUGUUUUAUUCCUUUUCUCCCUCAUAGUCAUACUUAGUUAUAAGUCUUUUAAAUUCUGCCUCAUGGGAUCCCUGGGUGGCGCAGCGGUUUGGCGCCUGCCUUUGGCCCAGGGCGCGAUCCCGGAGACCCGGGAUCGAAUCCCACAUCGGGCUCCCAGUGCAUGGAGCCUGCUUCUCCCUCUGCCUGUGUCUCUGCCUCUCUCUCUCUCUCUGUGACUAUCAUAAAUAAAAUAAAAUAAAAAAAAAAAAUAAAAAUAAAUUCUGCCUCAUAAAAAUGUCUUGCAUUUGUCCCUCCUUUAUUCCUAAUGCUUCCUUACUAUAGGCCUUCAUUCCUUUUCUCAAACAGAAUCUUCUCUUCUGGUUAAAAAUACCACAUUCUCCUUGAACCACAUUAUAUAUUUAACAAGCUUGGUAAUCUUGGCAUCGCUGCUUUUCCUGCCAGUUUAAGUACCUUUCCCUUUAAAAAAUCAUAUCUUUGUCCACAUUUUUAUAAUCACUCCUAUGUCCGUGAAUAGCUACCAUUUAGCUACCAAUAGCUACCAUUUAGCACCAUGAUGCCAUGGACUGUGCUAAGUGAUGAAGUCCAAAAGAUGAAUAAGACAAACCUUAAAUGACUAUAAUUCAGUAAGAGGAGUUCUGCAUUGAGGACGCAUUCAAAGUGUACCUCAGCUAGGGAAGCAGAACUGCACUUCACAGAGGAGAAGCCCAGUCUUAAAGAAGACGUGUUAUAGUCGCGGAGGAACAGAGGCAGAGUAGAUACCAUGGUGAAGUCAUGGAUGCCUGGUAACCUGAGAGAUUUUUCAAAGAAUGCCAACUAUGUAAUGUGUUUGUUUUUUUUUUUCAGUUGAGACCAUAUAUUUAAUAGCGGUGAACAUCUGUCAGGCCCAUAGCAUGUGCCAGGCUCAAGGCCCAUAGCAGGUCAAGGCUUUAUAAAAGCAUCGUUUCUUCUAAACCUCACACAGCCCUUUGGAAUAGGUACAGUUUAUCCUCUCCUCAUGGAUGAGGAACCAAAGGCAAACAGAGGAACUCGCUGAGGUCCUCCAGCCAUGCAAGAGUCCAGUGUAACCUCAGUCAGCAUCCUGGAGCCCCUACUCGUAGUGACUGUGCUGUCCUGCCCUCUCUUCUGCUUCACAUCCCCUUUGGCCUUUGCUCUGAAGUGUUUUAAUCCAUUCAUAUUGCAUGAAAUACAUCAGUGUGCAUUUUACUUUUUUGUUGGGUGUUCAAGUUGCUCCCAGUUGUUACACUGUUAAAAUGCUGCUUUCGUGAACAUCUCUGUAUUUAGAGCAUUUCCUGCAUUCUGGAAUGUUCCUUUAAAGGAGAGUUCUACUAAAUUUUCCUCCGUUUUCAAACCAGUCUUGACUCUUCUAUCAUUUCAAGCCACAUAGUUGUAAGUAGCUAAAUGUGAACAUUUAGCUGCCUCCUGUAAUAUUAACUGUAUUAGGUAGAAAUUUUACAGUUAUUAGGAUUGUUUCACAUCUCUGACCUUGCUCCUUUUUCUCUGCUGUAUGUGGCAGGUUUAAUCUUCUCCCUGUGUGCAUUUCCUCAUCACCUGAUCCUUGCACAGACACUCCCGUAUUAAUGUAAUCAGUCACACAGCACAUUUUUUGAAUGUCCGGUGUGCAAAGGACCAUAUUAGGCACUGAGAAUGACAGAGGUGAAUGAAACAAAACCCUUGCUCUCACUGAUGUUGGUCUUUUUCUUUUAAGGGAUAAUAUAUACAGUAAAGUACAGAAAGUGAACCAGUUUUAAGUGUACAGCUUGAUGAAUUUUUACAAAUGCAAACAGUCAUUUCCAGUACCCCAGAAGUUUCCUUCAUGCCCUUACCAAUCUACCUACACGUCAAAAACCACUAUUCUGAUUUCUGUCAUUAGAACCUACUAUCAUAAUGAUCUUUUAAAUAGGUAACUGGAUUUCUCUAAUAGCUAGAUUGUCAGUUUUUAACCUAAUGUUUCAGGAAAAAAAGUUAGACUGUCCAUGUUAAGAGAGACUUGGAAUUGUGAUCCCGGCUGCCCAGUAGCACCAAAUAAUUUGUUAUAUCAUACAUUAAUAUGUAGGAGGAUUAAAGAAAUUGUCAUGUGAUGUUAAAUAGCAUGGAGAAAUGGAAAGAAGUUUUUUUUUUUUUUUGUCAAAACAUCUGGGUUUGCUCGGCCACAUACUCAUUACAUAGUGUCUAAGAAAUCGUGCCUUCUGUGGGCCUCUCUUCUGAUACAUAAUGCAGAUAAUACCCUGCUUACCUACCUCACAAGAUAUGUUGUAUUAAAUAAGGCAUAAGAAACUGUAAAUAGUAUAGUGCUAGUCAAAUAUUAAUAAACAUCUAUGUGUAUUCUGUGGCCCUGAUUAAUCUCUUAAACCAAACACUCCUAAUACAUGGCAGAGAGAAAUCACUGUGGAUUAGAUUCUUUAGUAAGAACUCUGGGAUAGGUUUCUCUUCAGAGUAGCUAUCUGUUUUGCCCAGAUCUGGAGGCCUAUCUUUUGGCCUUUACUCCUUUCAGAACCAGUUUCCAUUAUAUAGCAAAAAUAAGGUCAUUUAAUGACUUCUAGCUCUGAAGUUCCUAGGCCCCUUAAUUUCUUUGCCAAAGUUGAUUAUGAAUUGGGAGUUAUAGGACUGUCUUCCUAAAAGGGAACCUCAUCAUAGCUAAUGAAGUUGCCACUGAAAGAUUUCUGAUCUGUUUUGUUUUCAGGGAUUGACUAUGAAAGGGGCAAAAUUAGGAUGCUUUUUGUAUCACAUAAAAUAAAAAAACAUCAUGCUAUUUAACAUUAUAAGCCCAGGAUUGGGCAACUAAUCAGAGAUAUAUGUAUGGUUUGUUUAUAUCCAAUUUUAUGCCUUUGGCUAAGACUCAAAUUAAUAUUUUAACCAAUAUAUCUUAGAGUUUAAAGCACAAACUUAAAAUUGAUAGGUAAGACUGAAUCUCAAAAAUAAUUGUCAUUUUUUCCAUGCAUACAAAAGUAUAGAUCAGAAAAUCCUCAUCAUGUCCCUACUACCAUCACUAUUAAACAAAAUACAGAUAAAACUUUUAAACAAUUAUUUCUUCUAUUUUCCAAAUGUCUAUGGCUUUAGGAAAAAAUACCACCUGCUAAUAAUUAUCUAUUUAAAGAGGGUAAAAUUUAUCAUUUGUCACCUAUCACUUGUUCCCACAACUUCAGUUUACUAUUGGACUUUCAAAAAUUUAAAUAAUUUUAAAAAUUUUAAUUAAACACCUAUGUGUGAAUAGUAAUACACAAUAAUUAGUAAAUAAUGUUGGUGCUUCAAUAAAUUGAGUUUUCAGUGAUAUCAGCCUAGUAAAUAUAAGUUUUUGAUAAAAGUAAACAUCUUGCCUAUUUUUCUUCUUUGUUAUCUAAUCAAAACAGUAUAGCUUUGUCUAAAAUAUAGUAAGAAAUAGGUAAGAUGGAGAUUUUGUGGCUCUAUGUAUGAAAGUCUCUCAAGAGAUUUCACUGGGGUCAUGGUUCAGACCAGAUGAACUCUUUAGAGAUGACUUAUGUUCUUAAAGAAUGUACUGAAAAAUGACUGUUACCUGAAUUCAGAACCUUACAGAAUGGCACUAUCCUAUUUUUUACUGUGCUGUGUAUUUUUAUAUGCUUCUUAGUGACUAUAAUAAAUUUAGAGGCAUUGAAAAAAGUUUUUUUUAAAGUUCUCAGUUAUUUAAUGCCAAAUGAGUUUAAAAGAUGCAAUCAUUUGUAAAGUGUUAAAAUCCUGUUUGUUGUACAUAAUAUUUUAUUACCUUUGUAAUAUCUUUGUAUACAGUGAUUUUUUUUGUGAUAAUAUAAUAAAUGGAAAAAACCUCUAAAAUUCUUAAAA